CUUGGAGGAAGGAAGUCCAAUUGAGCGCUUGCCCAGCGCCUUCUUGACCAGGCGCGGCGCCAUGGCUGCCUCUGCGCUAGCUUCGCAGCUGCAGGCAAUUGCCCUGUCUCAUACGGGUACGUCAAUACGGCCCCAGCCGAGGGGCAAGCCAUCCCUGCUGUUUGACCCCCAGGAGGCGGCAAACAUCGACCUCCAGACAAUCCAUCGCAUUGGGAAGCAAGGUUUCGAUGAGCUGUGCAACAUGGACGCCCGCUUCGAGCCCUUCGCCGAGACACUUUUCAGCCAAGUGGGCGCCGACUUUGACCGUGAAAUGCAGACAAAGGAGGCCAACGAGAAGCUGGACGCUUCCGUCACAGCUUUCCUGAGGCUCCUUUCCAACUAUCUCCUCUUACCACCCGCCCAUCAGGCGCUGGAGUUCCUGAUACGGCGUUACAUGAUCCAGCAGUACAAUGUGGAGGCCGUCCUGCUGUCCGCCCUCCCCUACCACGAGACGCAGCUCUUCGUGCGCCUCGUCCAGCUUCUCGACCUCUCCCGCGCCGCCAGGUGGCGCUUCCUGGUUGGCCGCGUCCAGCAGAACGGCGCGCCGCUCCCCAGGGACUCUCUUGUCCUGCACUGCUCCCGCAACUUGGCGGUUUUGGACGCGGUUCUAGAUGCCGCACGCCUAGUUUCUGACGCCCGAAAUGCGUCCAAGCCGCUGCUGUCGUUCUCGGCGGUGAUCGUGAUGGAGGUGCUCGCGGCGGUGGCGUCGUUUACGGACGAGCUUGUGAAGAGGAUUCUGCCGUACGUGCUGGACGGGUUCAAGAAGGGCGCAGCGGUGGAGUAUCAGGCGGGUGUCCUCAUGAUUGCUGCCCAGCUGUCCAACCGCGCCACUCUCUCCAAGAGCCUGCUUUCCUCCCUCCUCCGGUCCCUGGCCGGCAGCCCUCCCCCUUCCCUCCAAUCCGAAUCGUUGAUGGUUAUCAUCCAGAUUUUCCAAACCCAGCGCCCCGCAGCCAUUCCCCCGAAAGCCCUCAAAGCCCUCGUCAAGUUUCCCGGGCUCGCAGACGCGCUUGGAGAGCUGUCGCAGCGCUUUGACGCGGCACCGUUCCUGAGGCCGUUCCUGAGAGCGCUCGUUUCGGGCGCUCCGGGAAAUGAGACCUACGAGGCGCUUUUGGUGGAGAUUGUGGAGAAGGUUUCAGUGGGGGGGGAGGUCGAGGGGCUUACGAGGAACCUUCUGGCACUGGCAGGGCUUGGCGGUCCGGCAAAUUCGGACGGGGUAGCCGGAUCGGACACCUCAGGGGCGUCGGACGGCGCGGCAGUAGCUCGACGGGUGCUGAGAGUUCUAGACAAGCGCUACUCAGUCGAACUAGACGCGAGUGUGAACGCACUCAUGAAAGAGGCUGCCGAGCGGGGGGAUCUAGGUGCGGAUGAAGACGAGUCGGAUGAAGGCAAGGGGGGCGCGAACGCACUUUUCGACUUCAUGCAAGGGACGUUCGGUGGGGGGCUCCAUGCGCCUCUGGCGGAGUCGGGGGCGAGCUUGUACCUGUCGGUGGAUCACCCGCAAGCCGAGGUCAGGAGACUGGCACUACAGAGGCUGGGGGCAUUGGCAAAGAAGUCCAAAGGCGAAGGCAACCAGCAGCUGCAGCAGUUCUUGGGUGCCGCCGUUCUCCGCCGCCUGCGAGACGACGAUCCCGAAGUCGUCAAAACGGCCCUGAACCUCCCCUCGCUAGUUACGCUAACCGCACGGGAACCCCUGUUCGAGGCCCUGUCAGGCGCACUCACAGCUUCAGUCGCUGCCUUGGAAGGAAGCCUAGAAGUUCCUGGGGAUAGUAAGGCCGCGACAGCUGUAGCAAGGAAUGCUUUGAGGGUCCUGGCAGGCGAUUUCCUGGGCGCCCACCCUGAGAUGGCCGAGCUAGUGGGGACGCUGUUUUUGGGUCACAUGCUGGUCAAGCCCAAAACCAGGAAGGUUAAUCGGGAGGCCAUUGCCCAGGCAGCUAAGAUUGCUGGGUUUCCUGCGGGGUUAGCGGAGCUGACGAAGAAAUUUGACGAGGAGGGGGGAGAUAAGCAGACCAAAGCUGCAGGGGACGCCGAGCUGAACGACGCGCUUUUGUCAGUGCUUGCAGAGGGUUUGUCAACAAACCCCAGUGAGGGGAUCUCUUUGCUGAGGUCAGCGCUGACCUCAGCGCCCCGCUCUCGGCCCCUCGUCCUGAUGAUUCUGCUCCGGGUCUUGGCGACGCUCAGAGGGGUUAAAGUUCUGGUCAAGGCUGAGGGUAUACUGAAGGCAGUGCUGCCGGUGCUGGAGUCGGAGUGGGUUAGGGCGGCAGCUUUAGGUAACCCGGAGGAAGACCCGCUUCCAGAAGGAGCCGCAGACUGGGUCCGAAAAGGCGAGAAUGGCGCGGCGUGGUUCAAGGCGGUUAGGGUUAGCCCAGAGCGGGCGUCGCUAACCGUACUCCUGGGCGCUUAUGAGCGGGCCGUGGGUUUGGUAGAGGAUGAAAGGCUGGGCCUGCUUUUUACGUUGCUGGCGUCAGGGCCGAAGCUUCUCGAAAAGGAGGUCAUGCCAGCGCUGAAACGCAUCUUGGAGCGAGCGGCGGGGGCGGGGUUAACCGAGCAAACCCAGUGGUUAGGGGAGCGGUUUUUGCCCAAGAUAGUGCUUGGCACAGGGGUGGGUUCGGGGGCAGCGGUCCAGGAGCAGAGCUUAGAGCUGCUCACAAACGUCGUCCAAAACGGAGAGCUCAGUCCCGAGAACGUAUUCACACUCGCGCCGAAGCUGCUGGUCGCCCUGGCGAGCCCUGGGAAGGGCGUCCGGAGAGCGGCGCUCCGGGCCGUCCGUGCGCUCUGGAGCCGGACCGCGGGACUGGGUGCGGACGGCGAUGACGUCAUGGAGGACGACUCCGACGUCGCUGACGUCAGCGCGGUGAGGAAGGUCCUGGAGGCGGCCUGGAGCGAGCGGCAGCACUUCAGAAGCGACGGGGGUCACCUAAAGCCGUUCUUGUCGGAGUUGCUCGGGUUUCGGGAUCCGGACGACGGCGUUUCGGUCGCGGGCGAGCUCAGCGCGCUGCGAAGCAUCUUCGGGGUGGGGUGGAAGUGGGCGGUGUCAAAGUUCCUGGCUGGCGCCCUGGUAGGGACGCUUGACACCAGCCACCAGCGGGCGGUCCUCCUGGGGGCCCUGCGGCCGGCCUUCGUGAGCAGCCGGGCCGACGAGCAGGCGCAAGUCGUUGGGCAACUUCAGCCGCUGAUGUUCUCGCUUCUAGGAGGUGGUGUAAAUACGGGUGUCUCAGGGGGGGAGUCGGAUGACACGGCUCUCCUGGUGGAGCUCAUUAGCUUAUUCACACCGGAGCUGGCGGGCCGCCUGGGGCAGGAGGGGGAAAACCAACCGUCCCUGGAACCGUUGGUUCUUGCCCUUCAAACUGGCUUGGCAGGAUCCGAAAAGUUGCGGACGUUCUCAGAUGCGGUUGCGAUCGCGGCAGCCGAGCGAGUCGACCGGGCGUUCUUCGGAGCUCUGAACGCCCCGUUGCAGGACUGGCUGACAGCUGUCCUCCUUGCGCUGAUGUCAGCGGCCAGCACGGAGGCGCUGCGCACCUCGGUCCGCCGCUCGCUGGAAAGCGUCGACCUAUCGGCGGCUGCCACGUGUCGCCUCCUGGCGCUCCUGAUGGAGGACCCUAACGGCGCUGCGGUCGCCGCCACGCCGGCGAAGAAGAAGAAGCGGGCCGGGGGGGGGAAGCAAGGUGCAGAAACUGCCCCCCCUGCGCAGAGGCUUCUUGCGGGCAGUCUCGAGCUGGGGACCGCUCUGCUGGAGCUGUUGCAGUGGAAGGAGCUUUCGGACGGUCUGAACGGGAGUGGACUCCAUGCGGACGCCCUAGCCCAGCAGUUGUCCGCGCUUCUGCGGGGGCUGGCGGACCGGAGCUGGCCCCCGGGGGGAUCCCUCGGAGAAGCCGUCGAGGAGGGGGGUGUGCCAAAGGGGCCGGCGAUGCCCCCCCCAAGAGCAGUUUAUGCGAUGCAACUUACGCUGGCGAGUCUGGAAAGGAUUGCGGCGCAGAAAGAGGGGGGAGAUACUGGGCGGAAGACGCGGGGGGGGAAGAAGAACGGGGAAGGGCCGUUUGACGUGGAUCUAGUGGUGCGGUGCGUGAGGGAGGCGCCCGACGCACCGACGAGGAACCAUGCGCUGGCGCUGCUGGCCGCGCUGGCCAGGGUCCUGCCGGAGGAGGUCUUACACCGUCUCCUCGAAGUCGCCACAAUCGUCGGCUCGUCUUCGCUCGCGCUCGACGAUAGCGCGUCCCACCGGGUGGUCCAACAAAUGCUCUCGGCAGUUGUCCCAGCCUGGGCCGCCCAGUCCGGCGACCUUGACCAGCUGCUCGAGGUGUUCAUUGUCGCCCUCCCUAAAGUCCCUGCGCACCGAAGGAUGGGUUUGCUGGAGGGGUUACUGCGGUCGGUUGGGAUUGACCGGGGGAUCCCCCGGGCGCUGCUGUUGCUGAUCCGGGCGCAGGUGGAGGGGGUCGGGGAAACGCCCCACGACGAGGCCGGCUCCCCUCGGAGCGUCCUCGUUUCGGACGCUCCCGACGACUGGCUCGUCCGACUCGCGGACGCGCUCGCCAGCCAGCACCUCCCGUCCGUGCGGCUGGCCGCUUAUCAUAAGCUCCUGGAGGCGACUGCCAUAAGCGAUGCGCCCUCGGCGGCCGAUCGGAAGCUGUCGCGAGCUGCGACGGCGUUUGUGAUAUCUCAACUGGGCCAGAGGGCGUUCACGGGGUUACGGGAAGCGGCGGGGACUGAAGAGGAAGAGAAAAGGGUCCAGGAGGGCUACGUGUCUCUCAUGGAGCAGGUGCUCCUCCGUUUGCGGCCGAUCGCCGACGCCGACGGCUCCACAUCGAAGGGCAAGAAGGCCAACACGGAGGCGGCCUACCAACUGCUGGAGGCCCUGUAUUCGCUAAUGGACCCCGCAGCGUACCUCAGUGGCAUUUCUGGGCUGCUGCACCAUGAGGACCGCCACGUCCGCCGGCGCGUCCUCAAGCUCCUCUCCACCGAAGUCAAGGACCACUCCCCCGUUGCUCCCGCCGACAAUCCCCAAACCGUCGCCCAGUACGCGACCCUAGCGUCCGAGAUUGCAUCUCUUCUAUCCGGACCGUCCGAAGACCCCUCCCCCAGCACCAAGCAAGCCGCGCUCGCCGCCCUCGAGGCGAUCGCCGCGCGCUUCGGCCCCCAAGCCUCCGAAACCCUCGGCGCGGCCAUCGACGCCGUUCUCGCAAACGCGGAGCCGCCGAAAGCGCCCAAAACCCCGAAGAAAGCCAAGGUGGUUCCGGCGGAGGGUUCCGUAAACCCCGCGGUCGCGGCCGCGGCGAUUCGUUGCGCCGCGACGAUCUGCGCCUCCCUCGGGCCGCGGGCGCUCCCCCAGCUGCCACGUGUCCUGGCGACCGUCCUGGGUUGCGCGCAAAGGCAGCUGGUCGCCGAGAACGGGGAUACCGUGCCGGAAGAACGGCUGGAGCUUCUGACGGUCUGCAUCGCGGCGGUCGAAAAGUUGGUGUCAAACCUGGGGGCGUUCCUCAGCCCGUACCUCGGACAGAUUCUAGACUUGGUGCUUCUGCAGCCGGCCGUGCUGACGUCAGCGGCGGCCGAGCGCGCGGCCGCGGUGCGGGCCCUGUUGCCGGAGAAGGUGCCCCCGCGGCUGCUGCUGGAUCCGGUGAUCCGGGCCUACGACAGGGCCCUCGCGCUGGGGGCGGAAUCGGAACGGGCCCUCGCGAGCCUCUUCGAUCUAGUUGCUGCGCUUGCCAGCAAGUUGGACAAAGCGGGGGUCGCGGCGCACCACAGAACGGUGUUUGAGUUUCUGCUCCGGGCGUUUGAUCUGCGGCGGAAACCGCCCCCGGGUGUGGCGGUCGGGACAUCGGUGGAGCCGGCGAUUAUUCGCGCCUUCGUUGCGCUGGUGGUGAAGCUGAGUGAGAAUACGUUCAAGCCGCUGUUCUUGAAGACGCUCGAGUGGGCGGAAACGGAUUUCCUUCCGGCGGACGAGGGGGCGGAGUCGGACGUGAUGACGUCAAAGGGAAGCCUAGCGAGGAAUACGUUCCUGUACGGACUGGUCGGGGCGCUCGCGGAGAAACUCCGGUCGGUAUUCGUCCCUUAUUUCAAGUACCUAAUGGAGGGCGUCAUCACGCAUCUGGGGGGAUCUGCCGGGCAGGAGGGCGAGGGGGGGGGCGAGGAGAACGUCGGGUUCCGGCCGAAGAAGAAGAAGAAGAAGAGCGCCAAGGUGGCGGCGGAGGGAUCGGAAAGCUCGGCGCUGACGCCCGCGCAGUGGGAGCUGCGGCGGCUGGUGACGUCAGCGCUGCAGAAGUGCUUCCAGUACGAUACGGUGGGCUUCUUAGAGCCGGGCCGUUUCCAGCAACUUCUACCCCCCCUGGUUGCGCAACUCAGAGUGGACAUUCCCGAGGGCGUGGACGAUGAAACCUCUAGAAGUUCCGGCGACGAGACUCUGGUCAGUGCGUUGGGGUACAUGGCUCUAGCGGCCCGGAGCGACGCCAUGUGGCGGCCGCUCAAUCGGGACGUGCUCAUGGCAACUAGGGGCGAGGGCGAAAACUCGCGGCCGAAGAUGCUGGCACUUGCGGUGGUGGAGUUCCUGGUGGAUCGGUUGCGGGAGGAGUACCUAGUUCUGCUGCCGGAAACGAUUCCGUUCUUGGCGGAACUGUUGGAGGAAACGGAUCUGACGGUCGUGGCGAAGAGUCAAGGGCUGGUCAAGAAGCUGGAGGAGCUAAGCGGAGAGAAUCUCGCGGACUACUUCUAGGUCGGUGGGAAAGUUUUACGAGUCUCGUUAUGCGGUCGAAGUUAGUCUUUUAGCGUUGCAGCAUAUGGAUUGUUGUUCUGUACAGAGGGUCUGUUCCCAGGGUUUCAACACGACCAGCAACCAAUUAUUAUUUGAUUACAUUUGUGCU